UCUCAGCUCAGUGAGACCCUACUGCAGGAAACAAGCAAGGGGACCUCGGGGAGCUCGGAGCUGCCAAGGCACGGUAGCCCUGCCCUGUCUUGAGAGCUCCCCUCCCAAGGUCAGAGACCAAGCAGGUGCAGAGGCACUGCAACAGCUUGUUGCCCAGCCUCCUGAGUGAUGCCAGCCCAGUUGUUCCUAAUCUCCAGACUGGGCCUCUUGGUACUGCUGGGCACAGUCAGAGCAGGCCCUUUCGCUCCACGGUCCAAUGUGACUCUCCCAGCUCCACGUCCUCCUCCCCGGCCGGGAGGCCGCACAGUGGAGUCCAUAGGGGGAAGCCCCUCUUCUCAGCUUUAUGAGCACACUGUGGAAGGAGGGGAGAAGCAGGUGGUUUUCACCCACCGCAUCAACCUGCCCCCUUCAACUGGCUGUGGUUGUCCCCCGGGCACAGAGCCCCCAGUCUCUGCUUCAGAGGUGCAGGCCCUGAAGGUCCGGCUAGAGAUCCUGGAGGAGCUGGUGAAGGGGCUCAAGGAGCAGUGCACUGGGGGAUGUUGUCCUGCCUCGGCCCAGGCAGGCACAGGCCAGACAGAUGUUCGCACUCUCUGCAGUCUCCAUGGCGUGUUUGACCUGAGCCGCUGUGCCUGCUCCUGUGAGCCAGGCUGGGGUGGGCCCACCUGUUCAGACCCCACAGGCCCUAUGCCAUCCUCCCCACCCUCAGCCUCUGGGUCCUGCCCAGAUGACUGCAACGAUCAGGGUCGCUGUGUCCGGGGGCGCUGCGUAUGCUUCCCCGGUUACAGCGGCCCCAGCUGUGGCUGGCCCUCCUGCCCCGGGGACUGCAACGGCCGUGGGCGCUGCGUGCAGGGUGUGUGCGUGUGCCGGGCCGGCUUCUGGGGCGACGACUGCAGCCUGCGCUCCUGCCCCGGGGGCUGCAGCCAGAGGGGACGCUGCGAGGACGGGCGCUGCGUGUGCGACCCCGGCUACGCUGGCGACGACUGUGGGAAGCGCAGCUGCCCCCGGGGCUGCAGCCAGAGGGGACGCUGCGAGGACGGGCGCUGCGUGUGCGACCCCGGCUACGCUGGCGACGACUGCGGCUCGCGGAGCUGCCCGUGGGACUGCGGCGAGGGCGGUCGCUGCGUGGACGGCCGCUGUGUGUGCUGGCCCGGCUACGCGGGCGAGGACUGCGGCGCCCGGACGUGUCCCCGAGACUGCCGGGGCCGCGGGCGCUGCGAGGACGGCGAGUGCAUCUGCGACGCGGGCUACAGCGGGGACGACUGCGGCGUGCGCAGCUGCCCGGGGGACUGCAACCAAAGGGGCCGCUGCGAGGACGGCCGCUGCGUGUGCUGGCCCGGGUACACGGGGCCCGACUGCGGCGCGCGCGCCUGCCCCCGCGACUGCCGGGGCCGCGGGCGCUGCGAGAACGGCGUGUGCGUGUGCCACGCGGGCUACAGCGGCGAGGACUGCGGCGUGCGCAGCUGUCCCGGGGACUGUCGCGGCCGGGGCCGCUGCGACAAUGGCCGCUGCGUGUGCUGGCCCGGGUACACGGGCCGGGACUGCGGCACGCGCGCCUGCCCUGGCGAUUGCCGGGGCCGCGGGCGCUGCGUGGACGGCCGCUGUGUGUGCAACCCUGGCUUCGCGGGCGAGGACUGCGGAAGUCGUCGGUGCCCUGGGGACUGCCGCGGGAGCGGCCGCUGCGAGGAUGGCGUGUGCGUGUGCAACGCGGGCUACGAGGGAGCGGACUGUGGCGCGCGCAGCUGCCCGGGUGGUUGCCACGGCCGCGGCCAGUGCCUGGACGGGCGCUGCGUGUGCGACGAUGGCUACUCGGGCGAGGACUGCAGCGUAAGGCGGUGCCCGCGCGACUGUAGCCAGCAAGGCGUGUGCCAGGACGGUGUGUGCACCUGUUGGGAGGGCUACGCAGGCGAGGACUGCGGCCUCCGUACCUGCCCCUCCAACUGCCACCAGCGGGGCCGCUGUGAGGAUGGGCGCUGCAUCUGCGACCCAGGCUACACUGGCCCCUCCUGUGCCACCCGCACCUGCCCCGCCGACUGCCGGGGCCGCGGGCGCUGUGUGCAGGGAGUGUGCAUGUGCCACGUGGGCUAUAGCGGCCCGGACUGUGGGCAGGAAGAGCCCCCCGCCAGCGCCUGCCCUGGGGGCUGCGGGCCCCGGGAGCUGUGCCGCACCGGGCAGUGUGUGUGCGUCGAGGGCUUUCGAGGACCGGACUGUGCCAUUCAGGUGUGCCCUGGGGACUGCCGUGGCAGAGGAGAGUGUCGUGAGGGCAGCUGUGUCUGUCAAGAUGGCUAUGCCGGGGAAGACUGUGGGGAAGAGGUGCCAGCCAUUGAGGGCAUGAGGAUGCACCUCUUGGAGGAAACGACGGUUCGGACAGAGUGGACCCGGGCUCCUGACACUGUGGAUGCCUAUGAAAUUCAGUUCAUUCCCACGACCGAGGGGGUGAGCCCCCCAUUCACAGCUCGGGUACCCAGCUCUGCCUCAACCUAUGACCAGAGAGGACUGGCUCCCGGUCAGGAGUACCAGGUCACGGUCCGUGCUCUUCGAGGGACUAGCUGGGGCCCUCCUGCCUCCAAGACCAUCACCACCAUGAUCGAUGGCCCACAAGACCUCCGAGUGGUGGCUGUGACACCAACCACACUGGAGCUCAGCUGGCUGCGACCCCAGGCUGAGGUGGACCGAUUCGUGGUGUCCUAUGUCAGUGCUGGCAACCAGAGGGUGCGGCUGGAAGUGCCUCCUGAGGCAGAUGGGACGCUGCUAACUGACCUGAUGCCAGGCGUGGAAUAUGUCGUGACCGUCACGGCAGAGCGGGGCCGGGCAGUAAGCUACCCGGCUUCUGUCAGGGCCAACACAGCGGAGGAGGAGGAGGGGGAGGAGGAGCCUCGGCCCGGGCCCAGCCCGCCGCAGCCCCCUCGGCGGCCGUGGGCCAACCUGCCGGGCGAGCUGGGCCGGUUCCGCGGCAGCGUGCGAGACCUGGAGCGCCACCUGAGAGCUCACGGCUACCCGCUGCGGGCCAACCAGACCUACGCGUCGGUGGCGCGCCGCGUCCACGAGUACCUGCAGCGGCAGGUGCUGGGCAGUUCCGCCGACGGCGCGCUACUCGUGUCCCUCGACGGGCUCCGCGGCCACUUCGAGCGCGUGGUGCUGCGCUGGCGGCCCCAGCCCCCCGCGGAGGGCCCCGGCGGGGAGCUGACCGUGCCGGGCACCGCGCGCGCCGUCAGCCUACCCGACCUCACGCCCGGCGCCACCUACCACGUGGAGGUCCACGGGGUGCGGGCAGGGCAGACCUCCACGUCCUACGCGUUCGUCACCACCACAGGCCCUUCAACAACGCAAGGGGCCCGGGCCCCUGAACUGCAGCAGCGCCCCCAGGAGCUAGGAGAGUUGAGGGUGCUGGGCAGAGACAAGACGGGGAAGCUCCGUGUCGCCUGGACUGCUCAGCCUGACACGUUUGCCCACUUCCAGCUGCACCUCCGGGUGCCUGAGGGGCCAGGGCCACAUGAGGAGCUCCUGCCCGGGGAUGUCCGCCAGGCUCUGGUGCCCUCGCCCCCUCCUGGAGUCCCCUAUGAGCUGUCACUGCGUGGGGUCCCCCCGGAGGGCGAGCCCUCUGCCCCUCUCAUCUACCAAGGCAUUAUGGACAGGGAUGGGCCGAAGCCUGGGAAGACUUCUGCCCCACCACGCCUGGGUGAGCUAGCAGUGACUGACCAGACCUCUAGCUCCCUGCUCCUGCGCUGGACAGUCCCAGAGGGCGAGUUCGACUCCUUUGUGAUCCAGUACAAGGACAGGAACGGACCCCAGGUGGUGCCUGUGGAGGGGUCCAAGCGCUCAGCCCUCAUCACCAACCUGGACCUGGGACGCAAGUACAAAUUCCUGCUCUAUGGGCUCCUGGGCAAGAAGAGGCACAGCCCCCUGGUGGCUGAAGCCAAGAUUUUGCCGCUGAGUGAUCCCAGCCCAGCAACUCCACCCCGCCUCGGAAAGCUGUGGGUGACAGAUCCUACACCAGACUCCCUGCACCUCUCCUGGACUGUCCCCGAGGGCCAGUUUGACUCCUUUGUAGUACAAUACAGGGACGGGGAUGGACAGCCCCAGGUGAUGCCUGUGGAGGGGCCUGAGCGCUCAGUCAUCGUCUCCUCCCUGGACCCUAACCACAAGUACAGAUUCACUCUGUUUGGGAUUGCCAACAAGAAGCAGCAUGGCCCCCUCACAGCUGAUGGCACCACUACAUCGGAGAAGAGAGAGGAAUCCCUCUACCCAGAGUCCCCAGAGCAGCCCCUGCUGGGGGAGCUGACGGUGACUGAUGCAACCCCAGACUCCCUGCGCCUGUCCUGGACAGUGACCCAGGGCUCCUUCGACUCCUUUGUGGUCCAGUACAAGGAUGCACAGGGGCAGCCCCAGGCAGUGCCUGUCAGGGGGGAUGAGAAUGAGGUCACCAUCCCUGGCUUGGAGUCCCACCGGAAGUAUAAGAUGAACCUCUAUGGGCUUCAUGGCAGGCAGCGUGUGGGGCCUGUGUCUGUGGUGGCCACCACAGCCCCUCAGGACAUUGUAGAGGAGACUCCUAGUGCCACCGAGGUGGAGGAGACCCCCACACCUACAGAACCCAGCACGGAGGCCCCAGAGCCCCCCGAGAAGCCCCUCCUGGGGGAGCUGACAGUGACGGGAUCCUCCCCAGACUCCCUGAGCCUCUCCUGGACCGUCCCCCAGGGCCACUUUGACUCCUUCACUGUCCAGUACAAGGACAGGGACGGGCGGCCCCAGGUGGUGCGUGUCCCGGGCGACGAGAGUGAGGUGACCGUUGGGGGUCUGGAGCCGGGACGCAAGUACAAGAUGCACCUGUAUGGCCUGGACAGGGGGCGGCGCGUGGGCCCCGUGUCCACCGUGGGCCUGACCGCUCCACAACCGGAAGAGACUCCAGCCACAGAGCCCCCUCUGGAGCCACGCCUGGGAGAGCUGACAGUGACAGAUGUGAUGCCCAGCUCCAUGGGCCUCGAAUGGACAGUCCCUGAGGGCCAAUUUGACUCCUUCGUGGUCCAGUACAAGGACAGGGACGGGCAGCCCCAGGUGGUGCCUGUGGCCGCAGACCAGCGCAAGGUCACCAUCCCUGGCCUGCACCCUGCACACAAAUACAAGAUGAAUUUCUACGGGCUCCAUGAUGGGCAGCGCAUGGGCCCCCUCUCUGUGGUAGCUGUGACUGCUCCCCUCCCACCAGCCCCAGCCACAGAGUCCCUCCAAGAGCCACAGCUGGGGGAGCUGACAGUGACAGACGUGACCCUGGACUCUGUUAGCCUCUCGUGGACAGUCCCCGAGGGCGAAUUCGACUCCUUCGUGGUCCAGUACAAGGACAGAGAUGGACAGCCCCGGGGGGUGCCUGUGGCCGCAGACCAGCGUGAGGUCACCGUCCCUGGCCUAGAACCCAGCAGGAAGUACAGAUUCCUGCUCUACGGGCUUCAGAAUGGGAAGAGACGCAGUCCAGUCUCUGUGGAGGCAAAGACAGCUUCCCAAGGUGACGCCAGCCUCGGGGCCACACCCCGGCUCGGGGAGCUGUGGGUGACAGAUCCCACCCUGGACUCGCUGCGCCUCUCCUGGACAGUCCCUGAGGGCCACUUUGACUCCUUUGUGGUCCAGUUCAAGGACAGGGAUGGGCCCCGGGUGGUGCCCGUGGAGGGCCACAAGCGCUCGGUCACAAUUACCCCUCUGGAUGCUGGCCGCAAGUACAGAUUCCUCCUUUAUGGGCUCCUGGGCAAGAGCCGCCAUAGCCCCCUCACUGCCGAGGGCACCACAGAGCCCUGGAGUGAUGUGGAUGAUGCUAGAACAAAGCAUCCCCCAAAGCCCCAUCUUGGGAAGGAGCUACAGGUGACCAGCAUGACAGCAGACUCUGUGAGCCUCGCAUGGACAGUCCCUGAGGGCCACUUUGACUCCUUUGUGGUCCAGUACAAGGACAAGGAUGGGCAGCCCCAGGUGGUGCCUGUGGAGGGCAGCCUCAGGGAGGUUAGCAUCUCGGGCCUGGAUCCGGCCCGCAGGUAUAAGCUGCUUCUCUACGGGCUACACCAAGGGAAACGUGUGGGUCCCAUCUCUACCAUCGCCUUGACUGUGCCCAGAGAACCUAUGAAAGCCGAGGCCCUAAGUCCUCAAAGGCCUGAGCCUCGCUUAGGGGAGGUGACUGUGGAGGAAGCCACCCCAGACAUGCUGCAUCUCUCCUGGACUGUGAUGGAGGGCGAAUUUGACUCCUUUGAAGUCGAGUACACAGACGAAGAUAGGCAACUCCAAGUAGUCAGGUUAGAUGGUGACCGGAAUGACAUCAUCCUCUCUGGCCUGGAAUCUGACCACAGAUACCUAGUGAACCUGUAUGGUUUCCAUGGCCAGCAGCGAGUGGGUCCUGCCCACAUCGAAGCCCUGACAGUCGCAAGGGAAGAGGAGGAUGAACCUUCAGAGCCUCCCAUCAAGCCACACCUGGGGGAGCUGGCAGUGACCAAAGCCACCCCCAACUCCCUGCACCUGUCCUGGACCAUCCCCGAGGGCCAGUUUGACCACUUCCUGGUCCAGUACAAGAAUGGGGAUGGGCAGCCCAAGGCGGUGAGGGUGCCAGGGCAUGAAGACGGGGUCACCAUCUCAGGCCUGGAGCCAGACCACAAGUACAAGAUGAACCUGUAUGGCUUCCACGGUGGCCAGCGCAUGGGCCCCAUCUCUGCCAUUGGGGUGACAGCUGCAGAAGAAGAGACGCCAACCCCCACCGAGGUGGAGGAGACCCCCAGCCCCACAGAACCCAGCACAGAGGCCCCAGAGCCCCCCAAGGAGCCCCUCCUGGGGGAGCUGACGGUGACGGGAUCCUCCCCAGACUCCCUGAGCCUCUCCUGGACCGUCCCCCAGGGCCACUUUGACUCCUUCACUGUCCAGUACAAGGACAGGGAUGGGCGGCCCCAGGUGGUGCGUGUCCCGGGCGACGAGAGUGAGGUGACUGUUGGGGGUCUGGAGCCGGGACGCAAGUACAAGAUGCACCUGUAUGGCCUGGACAGGGGGCGGCGCGUGGGCCCCGUGUCCACCGUGGGCCUGACCGAAUAUGAAGCUGUGACCACCCAAGCCCCAUCCACCAUGUCCUCUGAGCCUCCCAUCAAGCCACACCUGGGGGAGCUGGCAGUGACCAAAGCCACCCCCAACUCCCUGCACCUGUCCUGGACCAUCCCCGAGGGCCAGUUUGACCACUUCCUGGUCCAGUACAAGAAUGGGGAUGGGCAGCCCAAGGCGGUGAGGGUGCCAGGGCAUGAAGACGGGGUCACCAUCUCAGGCCUGGAGCCAGACCACAAGUACAAGAUGAACCUGUAUGGCUUCCACGGUGGCCAGCGCAUGGGCCCCAUCUCUGCCAUUGGGGUGACAGCUGCAGAAGAAGAGACGCCAACCCCCACCGAGGUGGAAGAGACCCCCAGCCCCACAGAACCCAGCACAGAGGCCCCAGAGCCCCCCAAGGAGCCCCUCCUGGGGGAGCUGACGGUGACGGGAUCCUCCCCAGACUCCCUGAGCCUCUCCUGGACCGUCCCCCAGGGCCACUUUGACUCCUUCACUGUCCAGUACAAGGACAGGGAUGGGAGGCCCCAGGUGGUACGUGUCCCGGGCGACGAGAGUGAGGUGACCGUUGGGGGUCUGGAGCCGGGACGCAAGUACAAGAUGCACCUGUAUGGCCUGGAUAGGGGGCGGCGCGUGGGCCCCGUGUCCACCGUGGGCCUGACCGACCCUGAAGGGGAGCCCCUUACCAGCACCCUUCUGAAGCCACACCUGGGAGAGCUGACCGUGAUGGACACCACCCCUGACUCCCUGCACCUGUCCUGGACUGUCCCCAAGGGCCAAUUUGACCACUUCCUGAUCCAGUAUAAGAAUGGGGAUGGGCAUUCCAAGGCAGUGAGGGUGCCAGGGCAUGAGGACAGAGUCACCAUCUCAGGCCUGGAGCCAGGCCACAAGUAUAAGAUGAACCUGUAUGGCUUCCACGGUGGCCAGCAUGUGGGCCCUGUCUCAGCUGUUGGUUCAACUGCCCCAGGAAAGGACCAUGAAAUACCAGCCCCCACAGAUCCACCCACCACGACUCCCAAGCCUCCCAUCAAGCCACACCUGGGGGAGCUGGCAGUGACCAAAGCUACCCCCAACUCCCUGCACCUGUCCUGGACCAUCCCCGAGGGCCAGUUUGACCACUUCCUGGUCCAGUACAAGAAUGGGGAUGGGCAGCCCAAGGCGGUGAGGGUGCCAGGGCAUGAAGACGGGGUCACCAUCUCAGGCCUGGAGCCAGACCACAAGUACAAGAUGAACCUGUAUGGCUUCCACGGUGGCCAGCGCAUGGGCCCCAUCUCUGCCAUUGGGGUGACAGCUGCAGAAGAAGAGACGCCAACCCCCACCGAGGUGGAGGAGACCCCCAGCCCCACAGAACCCAGCACAGAGGCCCCAGAGCCCCCCAAGGAGCCCCUCCUGGGGGAGCUGACGGUGACGGGAUCCUCCCCAGACUCCCUGAGCCUCUCCUGGACCGUCCCCCAGGGCCACUUUGACUCCUUCACUGUCCAGUACAAGGACAGGGAUGGGCGGCCCCAGGUGGUGCGUGUCCCGGGCGAUGAGAGUGAGGUGACCGUUGGGGGUCUGGAGCCGGGACGCAAGUACAAGAUGCACCUGUAUGGCCUGGACAGGGGGCGGCGCGUGGGCCCCGUGUCCACUAUAGGCCUGACCGGCCCCCAGGAUGAGGUGGAGGAGACCCCCAGCCCCACAGAACCCAGCACAGAGGCCCCAGAGCCCCCCAAGGAGCCCCUCCUGGGGGAGCUGACAGUGACGGGAUCCUCCCCAGACUCCCUGAGCCUCUCCUGGACCGUCCCCCAGGGCCACUUUGACUCCUUCACUGUCCAGUACAAGGACAGGGAUGGGCGGCCCCAGGUGGUGCGUGUCCCGGGCGACGAGAGUGAGGUGACUGUUGGGGGUCUGGAGCCGGGACGCAAGUACAAGAUGCACCUGUAUGGCCUGGACAGGGGGCGGCGCGUGGGCCCCGUGUCCACCGUGGGCCUGACCGAAUAUGAAGCUGUGACCACCCAAGCCCCAUCCACCAUGUCCUCUGAGCCUCCCAUCAAGCCACACCUGGGGGAGCUGGCAGUGACCAAAGCCACCCCCAACUCCCUGCACCUGUCCUGGACCAUCCCCGAGGGCCAGUUUGACCACUUCCUGGUCCAGUACAAGAAUGGGGAUGGGCAGCCCAAGGCGGUGAGGGUGCCAGGGCAUGAAGACGGGGUCACCAUCUCAGGCCUGGAGCCAGACCACAAGUACAAGAUGAACCUGUAUGGCUUCCACGGUGGCCAGCGCAUGGGCCCCAUCUCUGCCAUUGGGGUGACAGCUGCAGAAGAAGAGACGCCAACCCCCACCGAGGUGGAGGAGACCCCCAGCCCCACAGAACCCAGCACAGAGGCCCCAGAGCCCCCCAAGGAGCCCCUCCUGGGGGAGCUGACGGUGACGGGAUCCUCCCCAGACUCCCUGAGCCUCUCCUGGACCGUCCCCCAGGGCCACUUUGACUCCUUCACUGUCCAGUACAAGGACAGGGAUGGGCGGCCCCAGGUGGUGCGUGUCCCGGGCGACGAGAGUGAGGUGACCGUUGGGGGUCUGGAGCCGGGACGCAAGUACAAGAUGCACCUGUAUGGCCUGGACAGGGGGCGGCGCGUGGGCCCCGUGUCCACCGUGGGCCUGACCGGCCCAGACACGAAACCUCCCAGCCUUGGGGAGCUGACAGUGACAGACGUGACCCCAGACUCCAUUAGCCUCUCGUGGACGGUCCCCGAGGGCGAAUUCGACUCCUUCGUGGUCCAAUACAAGGACAGGGAUGGGCAGCCCCGGGGGGUGCCUGUGUCCGCAGACCAGCGUGAGGUCACCAUCCCUGGCCUGGAGCCCAGCAGGAAGUACAGGUUCCUGCUCUACGGGCUGGCGGGCAGGAAGCGCUUGGGCCCCAUCUCUGCCGACAGCAGCACAGCUCCCCUGGAGAAGGAGCAGCAGCACCCACCCCGCCUCGGAGAGCUGACAGUGAUAGAUGAGACCUCCAACUCCCUGAGCCUCUCAUGGACGGUAGCCCAGGGCCUCUUUGAUUCCUUUGUGGUCCAGUACAGGGACCCAGCUGGGCAGCCCCGGGCAGUGCCUGUGGCCAAAGACCAGCGGGACGUCACCAUACAGGGCCUGGAGCCUGGCAGGAAAUACAAAUUCCUGCUCUAUGGGAUCCACGGAAGACAGCACUUGGGCCCCAUCUCCGUCCUGGGAGUGACAGCCCCGGAAGUGGACACACCAGCCCCCUGGAGCCCCGCCACAGAGGCCCCUGAGCUCCCUGAAGGGCCCCACCUAAGGACACUGGCAGUGAGCGACAUAACCCCAGACUCUCUGCACCUGUUGUGGAAUGUGGCCCAGGGCCCCUUUGACUCUUUCGUGGUCCAGUAUCAGGACACAGAUGGGCAGCCCCAGGCCUUGCUCGUGGGUGGCAACCAGAACAAGGUCCUAGUGUCAGGCCUGGAGCCCAGCACCUCCUACCAGUUCUUCCUCUAUGGCCUCCAUGGAGGGAAGCGCCUGGGGCCUAUCUCAGCUGAGGGCACCACAGGGCCUGCUCCUGCCGGUCUGACCCCAGGGGAGCCAGGGCCCCGCCUGUCCCAGCUGUCAGUGACUGAUGUGACCACCAGUUCGCUGCGGCUCAACUGGGAGGCCCCAUCCGAGGCCUUUGACUCCUUCCUGCUCCGUUUUGGGGUCCCAUCACCAAGCACUCUAGAGCCCCACUCACGUCCCCUGCUGCAGCGGGAGUUGACGGUGCCAGGGACGCAGCGCUCAGCCGUGCUCCGGGACCUGCAUCCGGGGACCCUGUACAGCCUUACAUUGUAUGGGCUGCGUGGGCCCCAUAAGGCCGACAGCAUCCAGGGCACAGCCCGUACCCUCAGCCCAGUUCUGGAAAGCCCCCGGGACCUUCAGUUCAGGGAAAUCAGGGAAACAUCGGCCCAGGUCAGCUGGAUGCCUCCACCAUCCAGAGUGGACAGUUUCAAAGUUUCCUACCAGCUGGCAGAUGGAGGGGAGCCACAGAGUGUGCAGGUGGAUGGCCAAGCCCGGACCCAGAAACUCCAGGGGCUGAUGCCAGGCUCUCACUAUGAGGUGACCGUGGUCUCUGUCCGUGGCUUUGAGGAGAGUGAGCCUCUCACAGGCUACCUCACCACAGUUCCUGAUGGCCCCACCCAGCUCCGUGCACUGAACUUGACGGAGGGAUCAGCUCUGCUGCACUGGAAGCCUCCUCAGGCCCCCGUGGACACAUAUAACAUCCGUGUCACAGCCCCAGGGGACCCCCCACUGCAGGCCUCGGCCCCUGGCAGCGCGGUGGAGUACCCUCUGGGGGGCCUGAGGCUCCACACCAACUACACAGCGACUGUGCGUGGUCUCCGGGGGCCCAACCUCACCUCCCCAGCCAGCAUCACCUUCACCACAGGGCUGGAAGCCCCCCAGGACUUGGAGGCCAAGGAAGUAACCCCCCGCAUGGCCCUGCUCACUUGGACUGAGCCCCAAGUCCCGCCGACUAGCUACCUGCUCAGUUUCAACGCCCUUGGUGGACAGACACAGGAGGUCGUGCUCCCAGGCGGGGCCACUUCUCACCAGCUUCUGGGCCUCUUUCCCUCCACCCCCUACAGCGUGUGGCUCCGGGCUGUGUGGGGCGAGAGCCUCACGCCGCCGGUGUCCACCUCCUUCACCACUGGUGGACUUCGAAUCCCCUUCCCUCGGGACUGCGGGGAAGAGAUGCAGAACGGAGCCGGCACCUCCAGGACCACCACCGUCUUCCUCAAUGGCAACCGCGAGCGGCCCCUCAAUGUGUUUUGUGACAUGGAGACCGACGGGGGCGGCUGGCUGGUGUUCCAGCGCCGCAUGGACGGACAGACAGACUUUUGGAGGGACUGGGAGGACUACGCCCACGGCUUCGGCAACAUCUCUGGGGAGUUCUGGUUGGGCAACGAGGCCCUGCACAGCCUGACAAAAGCGGGCGACUACUCCAUGCGUGUGGACCUGCGGGCUGGGGACGAGGCCGUGUUCGCACAGUAUGACUCCUUCCGAGUAGACUCAGCUGCGGAGUACUACCGCCUUCAUCUGGACGGCUACCACGGCACAGCAGGGGACUCCAUGAGCUACCAUAGUGGCAGUGUCUUUUCCGCCCGUGAUCGCGACCCCAACAACCUGCUCAUCUCCUGCGCGGUGUCAUACCGCGGGGCCUGGUGGUACAGGAACUGCCACUACGCCAACCUCAACGGGCUCUACGGAAGUACAGUGGACCACCAGGGGGUGAGCUGGUACUACUGGAAGGGCUUCGAGUUCUCUGUGCCCUUCACGGAAAUGAAGCUCAGACCAAGAAGCUACCGGCCCCCAGCAGCCCAGGGAGGCUGACCACAGCUCACAUCUCCGGCGCCCCAGUAUGACUGCCGAGCACUGAGGGGUCGCGCUGAGAGAAGAGCCAGGGGCCACCCUCACUAUCCAGCCACCGGAGGAGGGAGCCUUCUCCAUCUGCGAUCUCACAGCACCAUGUUUACAGGGGGGAGGGACGGGGUUUGUACGGGAGAAAUAAAAGGAGAAACUGAAGCACACA